AUGCCCAGCCUACUCAUUGUCUUCUUCAUGAUUUUCUUUCUCCUGGAGUCUAUGGCAGGAAUCAUAGAAAAUGGUUUCAUCAUCAUUGUGCUGGGCAGGGAGUGGGUGCGAUGUUGGACCCUGCCCCCUGGUGUCAUGAUCCUGGCCAGCCUGGGCAUCUCCCGCUUCUUUCUGCAGUGGGCAGCAGUUGUUAGUAACUUCUCCACAUAUUUCUCCCUAAUUUACAGAAGUCUAUACCUUCGUGUUCUCUGGAAUUUUACUAAUGUGGCCACACUCUGGUUUACUACCUGGCUUGCUGUUUUCUACUGUGUGAAAAUUUCUUCCUUCACUCACCCAAUCUUCCUCUGGCUGAAAUGGAGAAUUUCCCGAUGUGUCCCCUGGCUACUGUUGUGUUCCAUACUUAUAUCUAUUUUGAUAUUCAUCUUAACUUUAAUAAAGGCCUAUCAUGAUUACCAACUGCCAGUCACUGGAAAUUACUCAGAAAAGACCUCUUUGGAUGAUAGGACAUGGUUAUUACGGAGGCAUUUUUCCACGCAUCUGCAAAUGUUUAUGUGGUUAAUUCCUUUCAUCUUCUUCCUUGCCUCCAUCAUCUUGCUCAUUUCCUCCCUGUGCCAACACUUGGGGAACAUGCAGCACCACAGUGCUGGUCCUCAGGAUCAGAGUAUGCAGGUCCACAUUACAACCCUGAAGUCACUUUUCUUCUUUCUCUUCCUCUAUGCAUCAUAUGUUCUGUCUCUGAUCGUCACCAGCAUAGAAUCUAUUUCAAUUUGCAGCCCUCAGUUUUGGGUAUGGGAAGUAAUCAUCUAUGCUGGCAUCUCCAUCCAUCCUGCCCUCCUGAUCCUGAACAACUUAAAAUUGAGAAGGGCUCUGAAGAAGAUGCUUCAUGACCCAGAGACUGCAUAA